AUGUAUUGGCCAUGCAGUGUGCCUCAAGUUUCCGCAUAUCACGGUCCCCGACCAGGGAUAGAAGUCACCAGUGCCGGAAAGGGGGCCAUCCGCGUCAACGAGACUCAAGGUGCUCCUGACAACACCGGAAGCAAUGGCGAUGGCGAUGGCGAUGGCGAUGGCGAUGCCGAUGGACCGGCCAAUGUGAUCCUCGAUCUGCAGACCGCGCGCAACGACCAUCUGUUCGCGACCAUCACUGCCUCCAGGCUGGAUCUCUGGUGCACUCGGCCUGUUGUUCUGCUUGCCUCGCUGUCUAGAUCACCAAAGUCUCUCGAGAGCUAUGGCGACAAUGUGUCUGUGGUGUUCAAACCAGACUCAAGUACUAUUGUGCUGCGAACCACCGAAAGCUACUUGAUCGUGUACUCGGUGGAAAGUGAUCAAACCGCACGAGCCCUUCAACAGCAAUACGGAUACAGCCAGGCGAAACGGCAAAACCUGAUGCGGAGCUUUGGAGUGGAUGACACAGUGGGGAUCAGUGAAGUUCUCCUCCGAUUCCGACGCGCCAUCAAGAUCGACGCGGGCAUCAACUCGGUCGUCGCCCUGGAUUCAGAGCUGGUCGUCGCCACCACGAAGCCUGCCGCUGUGCAGUGCAUCAGAUGGGACCCAUCCAAAGACGGCUCCCACGCGGUGGCACAGCUACUAAGUAAGAUGGAUUGGAACAACCAGAAAUCGGCCAUAUCAACCAUGGUGCACGAUCGGGCAAUGAAUCUCUCGGUCUGGCUGUCACAGGACGGACAUGCUUACGCAGUACAGCGGAUCAGACCUCAAUUGGCCAGGUCGGUGUCUUCGGAUGACUCUGUUCCGUCGUCGAGAUCUUCUACCACUGCCGCAACGAGACUGUUCGAUGGCUACUGCUUCCACAAGCCAGACACGCUCGGGGAAGCUAGACUGACGAGUAUUAAUGCACGCUUUUCACUCAUUGCCAUCGCAACCUCUGCCGGAGAGAUAGUGUGUUAUGCCGCGAAAGACUAUGUGGGAAAUAUUCCGUUAUCCCACACCUUCAAACCGCCCACUUCGCCGUCUUCUCGAGGCGCAGUGACGUGCCUCACUUGGUCCCCCGACGGGCACUGUCUUUUCGCCGGCUACGAACAUGGGUGGUCGAUGUGGUCAGUCUUCGGAAAGGAAGGGGCCUCGACGUUCCACAUGAACGUGUCCCAUGCCGAGUCGAACAAUGAAAAAUGGCUGCUGGCGGUCCAUCGGGCGCGUUGGAUAAGCGGCGGGGCCGAAAUCCUCAUCACAUCGCCAGGUGAAGACAGGAUAUGGAAGCUGGAGAUGUCGCGAAGUGCAGCCGUGGGCUGUUUCUCAUGCGCCAACCUCGUUCGCGCCCUUCUCCAGACUCCCACCGAACUGACGGUUUAUCGUGGCCACGAACUCCCCGAUCUGACAUCCAUAUCCAAUGAGGCGUCACUGUGGCACCACGCGCAAUAUCCGUCUAUCUAUCUCCAUAACCAGUGGCCCGUCAAAUCGUGUGUGGUCUCUCAGGAUGGCAGAUAUGUCGCCAUUGCUGGCCGCCGCGGUCUCGCCCAUUACAGCCUCCAGAGCGGACGAUGGAAGACGUUCUCCGACCUCGCGGUGGAGAAUUCAUUCGCGGUCCGUGGAGGCAUGUGUUGGUUCAACCACAUUCUCGCCGCCGCCACCGAGAAUGCCGCCGGCUAUGAUUUGCGACUCUACUCUCGCGAACUCGAACUAGGUCGCUUUCCCCUCCAUACCGAGGCCUUUUCCAUGCCGAUCGUGUUUGUUGGCCCGUCAGGCGAAGAUUCGCUGCUGGUGUAUACAUACGAAAACAUCCUGUAUCACUACAUCCUGAACAUUACCCCGCGAGGUGCACAGCUUGUGCAAGUAGGCCAGAUCGCCUUCCACGGCAUCGUUCGCGCCCCGAGUCGAGUGCGAUCCGUGAGUUGGGUCCUACCAGACUCUCAACUCCGAAGCGGCGACCCUUCUCGCGAUGUGGAGUAUGCGUCUGUGCUGUUUCUGGUCGACGACAAACUGGUACUGCUGCAGUCGACGCGGAACGAGCAGGACGAGCUGAAGUACGACAUGCGGGUCAUUGCCCAGCAUGUCGAGUACUACAUCCUCAUGCGCGACCAGAUCUACUUCAACUUCACCGGGCCUGAAGAAUCUGCACCUCCCACUCCGUCGCCGGGAUCGGCGUUCACCAUGCGCAGCCAACACCAAUACUCAUUGCGCGAUUCGCUGUGGAUCUUCAGCGGCGAUGAACUGCGUCUUUGGCCCGAUGUGCGCGAUCUGUUCAACCACGCUGCUGAAGGCGACCUGAGCACGUCGCCGCUACUUUCCAUGUCCGUCGACUUCUACCCGUUGUCGAUCCUCCUCACCAAAGGCGUCGUGCUCGGGAUCGAAUCGGAGCUGCUCCAACGACGAGACGUCAAUUUCGCCCAGUUCCGGUCGGGGAUCCGCACUCAGCUCUUCCUGCCCUACAUCCUGCAACAUCAACUAUGCGAGGCCAAAGACACGGCCGCGGCAUUUGGGCUGGCGAAUCAGUACCAGCACCUGUCGUACUUCCCGCACGCGUUGGAAAUACUGCUGCACCAUGUGCUCGACGACGAAGUCGAUCGGACGAGAAAAGCCAAGCUGCAUGAGGAUGACGACGACAGCGGCGACGGUGAGCCUACUCCUGGCCCAUUGCCUGCCGUCCUGUCGUUCCUGCAGUUGGUGCUUCCGCCUACGACGUACCUGUCGACGGUGGUACAAUGCAUCCGCAAGACGGAAUUGAGUUCGUGGAGGACGCUGUUUGUGCACCUGCCGCCGCCACUGGGGCUGUUUGAGCAGGCGCUCGAACUCGAAGAUCUCAAGACAGCCACGGGCUUCCUGAUCGUGCUGCAGGGCCUAGAGGAGGACGACGAGUCGGACACAUACGACGCGCGCAAGUUCGAGGGCCACGUGGUCCGGUUGAUGAAGCUGGCGCGUCAGAAGUCCGACUUCGAGCUGUGUUCCGAACUGGCCCGCUUCAUGAUGGGCAUUGAUCCGCGAGGAGACGCCCUGCGUCGCGUCAUAGUCGGUGUUGGCUUCGGCGGCAAGCCCAUCACCCAUCUGCACCCGCAUCGAAGCGUCUUAGGCCCGAGCCCGGGCUUGUUGAACACGGCCUUGACGCAGAAUAGACGGCUAGAAUCAAGCCCUGAGGGAGGAGGCUCGACCCCGAGCUCCUUGUCCGGCGGAGAUUACUUUUCCUCGUCGCCCGGCGGGGGUUGA